CGGGUUGAGCGUCCGGGCGUCUGCACGUGGGUGAGUUGCUUGUACUAGGGCCCCUGCUCUUAUGAAAAGUAACUAUUAAUCUCAAAGAAAAAGAACCGAGCCGGAGCCAUGGAGGGUCAGAGCGUGGAGGAGCUGCUGGCAAAGGCGGAGCAGGACGAGGCAGAGAAGCUGCAACGUAUCACAGUGCACAAGGAGCUGGAGCUGGAGUUUGACCUGGGCAACCUGCUGGCUUCGGACCGGAAUCCCCCGACUGUGCUGCGGCAGGCCGGACCCACGCCGGAGGCCGAACUGCGGGCCCUGGCACGGGACAACACGCAGCUGCUCAUCAACCAGCUGUGGCAGCUGCCCACGGAGCGCGUGGAAGAGGCGCUGGUGGCCCGGCUGCCCGAGCCCACCACGCACCUGCCGCGUGAGAAACCGCUGCCACGGCCGCGGCCGCUUACACGCUGGCAGCAGUUCGCGCGCCUUAAGGGCAUCCGCCCCAAGAAGAAAACCAAUCUGGUGUGGGACGAGGUGAGCGGCCAGUGGCGGCGGCGCUGGGGCUACAAGCGCGCCCGGGAUGACACCAAGGAAUGGCUGAUCGAGGUUCCGAGUGGCGCCGACCCCCUAGAAGACCAGUUCGCCAAGCGGAUUCAGGCCAAGAAGGAACGCGUGGCCAAGAACGAGCUGAACCGGCUGCGUAAUCUGGCCCGUGCCCACAAGAUGCAGCUGCCCAGCGCGGCCGGCAUGCACCCUACUGGGCACCAGAGUAAGGAGGAGCUGGGCCGCGCCAUGCAGGUAGCCAAGAUCUCCACCGCCUCUGUGGGGCGCUUCCAGGAGCGCCUCCCUAAGGAGAAGGCUCCCCGGGGUUCAGGCAAGAAGAGGAAGUUUCAGCCCCUUUUUGGGGACUUUGCAGCCGAGAAAAAGAACCAGUUGGAACUACUUCGAGUCAUGAAUAGCAAAAAGCCUCAGCUGGAUGUGACGAGGGCCACCAACAAGCAGAUGAGAGAAGAGGACCAAGAGGAAGCCGCCAAGAGGAGGAAAAUGAGCCAGAAGGGCAAGAGAAAAGGGAACCGGCCAGGUCCUGGAGGCAAGAGGAAAGGCAGCGGCCCGCCUAGCCGGAAAGGGAAGAGGAAAGGAAGUUUGGGAGGCAAGAUGCCUUCCGGGCUACCUAGUUUGGGUGGCAAGAGGAAAGGAGGACAGCACCAAGGAGGAAAAAGGAGGAAGUAACACUUCACCCUUGGACCUGUUCUGUAAAGAAAGUAUGCUAAAUGUUGCCUUUUAGGUACUGUUGCAGGGCGGGGUGCAGAAAGGGGACCGAUGUCUUCAUUGAGCUUGAAGUUGAAGGUUCAGAAUUGCCCUACCCUCAAGAUAGUAUCUAAGUGUUCUACUGUACAAAUUAAUGCUUUUCCCACAAACGAGACUUUAGCUAGUGAUGAGUAUAUUUGAGGAUGCAAGUAUUAGGAAAAUGAUUUGGUCAUUUUACCUUUGGAUUAUGGGGUGAGGAAGAGUUGGUUAUAUUUUAGAGACUUCUACUAGAUUAAUUUGUAUAUUAUUUGUUAUUUUUGUAACAAGCUUUUAUGCCCAUCAGAUCUGGGAGGGGAGAGGAAAGAUGACAUUUUCCUAAGUUGAUUUAAAGACACUGUUGUAAAGAUUAUUUAAUAAAGAUGUGUCUGUAUCUAG